GCGCGGAAAGUUCAGCAUGCAGGAAGUUUGGGGAGAGCUCGGCGACUAGCACGGCGGGGCGGGCCGGGCUAGCGCAGGGCGAGCGUGGGGGCCAGAGCGCGGCGUGGUCCUGGGAGCCUGUCCCGGCUUUUUCUUGGAGCGACGCUGUCCCUAGGUCGCUGAUCCCAAUGCACCGGCUCAUCCUUGUCUACACGCUAGUCUGCUCAAACUUUUGCAGCUAUCGGGACACUUCUGCAACUCCGCAGAGUGCAUCCAUCAAAGCUUUGCGCAACGCCAACCUCAGGCGAGAUGAGAGCAAUCACCUCACAGACUUGUACCGAAGAGAUGAAACCAUCCAGGUGACAGGACACGGCCAUGUGCAGAGUCCCCGCUUCCCAAACAGCUACCCCAGGAACCUACUUCUAACCUGGCGGCUCCAUUCCCAGGAGAAAACAAGGAUACAGCUAGCCUUUGACAAUCAGUUUGGAUUAGAGGAAGCAGAAAACGAUAUCUGUAGGUAUGAUUUUGUGGAAGUUGAAGAUAUAUCUGAAACCAGCACCGUUAUUAGAGGACGAUGGUGUGGACACAAGGAAGUUCCUCCAAGGAUAACAUCAAGAACAAACCAGAUUAAAAUAACAUUCAAGUCUGAUGACUACUUUGUGGCUAAACCUGGAUUCAAGAUUUAUUAUUCUGUUGUGGAAGAUUUCCAACCCGCAGCAGCCUCAGAGACCAACUGGGAAUCAGUCACAAGCUCAAUCUCAGGGGUAUCCUAUCACUCUCCAUCAGUAACGGACCCCACUCUCACUGCGGAUACUCUGGACAAAACAAUUGCAGAAUUUGAUACUGUGGAAGAUCUGCUCAAGCACUUCAAUCCAGAAUCAUGGCAAGAAGAUCUUGAGAAUCUGUAUUUGGACACCCCUCAUUAUCGAGGCAGGUCAUAUCAUGACAGGAAGUCAAAAGUUGACCUGGACAGGCUCAAUGAUGACGUCAAGCGUUACAGUUGCACUCCCAGGAAUUACUCGGUCAACUUGAGAGAGGAGCUGAAGGUGACCAAUGUGGUCUUCUUUCCACGCUGCCUGCUCGUGCAACGCUGUGGGGGAAACUGUGGCUGUGGAACUGUCAGCUGGAAGUCCUGUACGUGCAAUUCAGGGAAAACUGUGAAGAAGUAUCACGAGGUGUUAAAGUUUGAGCCUGGCCAUUUCAAGAGGAGGGGCAGAGCGAAGCACAUGGCUCUCAUUGACAUCCAGUUAGAUCACCAUGAGCGGUGCGACUGUAUCUGCAGCUCAAGACCACCUCGAUAAAAGAAUGUGCACAUACUUACAUUAAGCAUGAAAGAACCUUUAUUUUAAGGAGGGUGGUGUGGUAAGGGACCCCUUUCCCACCAGCAACCGAACUUACUAUUAGCUUGCAAAGCAAUGAAUACAAGUGGCUGCUGAGUUUCAACCUAGCUUUGUUAGUGCCAUGAGUAGAAAGGUGUAUCAUCAAUCUCUAUAUCCAAGAAUAUAGGAUUGCAUUUAAUAAUAGUGUCUGAGGAUAUAUAUGUAUAUAUAUCCAUGUCUCUGUGUAAAUAGAUCAUAUGGUUUAUUCAGUAUAUAUAACCAGGUACACCAGAGCUUACAUAUGGUUUAAUUACCUAGACCCUUAAAAUAUGACAAAAUAAGGGACAUAGUAAAUACAUGGAACAUGUCUUUGAAGAUUUGGAAGAUGAAUUUGUUUAAGUUUUGAAUCACAAAACAAUUUUGGAUCUUGCUCUUUUAAAGAAAGCACCAUGUAUAUUAAAAACCAAUAAAUGAGAUUUUCUUAUGCAUAUAUCUUAAUUAUAAAAAAAGAAAAAAUAUGGUUUCUGGGAAAAGCACAUUCCUAACCAUUUUUCUCAUGAGAUGUACUACAUACUUGGCUAUAUAGACAAUAAUUACCUGUCUCCAAAAGCAUGUCAUAAUAAUAUAAGUGCUUUAGAAAUAAAGCCAUUAGGCUUCUUUUUAUGUGUCUUGCUGACACAUGUAAAUUCAUUAACACCUGUCUCCAAAAAAUUCUCACAAGGUUUAUUAUUAUAAUCCUAUGAGAGACAAUUUAUAAGCUAUAGCAGCAUUGUUUCUUUUCAAAAACCUCUCCACAGAAGUAACUCCUUUGGAGAAUGGCAUGAGGACUCUGCAUGAGCCUCUCAAAAUAAUGUUCAUUGAAAAAUGUGGGCAGUUGAAAGUCAAAAAAGUGAGCAUUGAAAUAUUAACAUAACUGGGAA